UUAAAUAAACAAAAAAUUAGUAAAAUUUUAAUUUGGACUUUUUAAAUUUUUAGUGAAUUGACGAAUUAAUUAACAAACAUGUCUGUUUUUAACAAAUCUCGAUUUACACUAAGGAGAAAGAGGAAACUGCUUCCAGCAUUACCGCCUGAGGAAAUGACUCCCGAGGAUCGAGCCAACGCCAACGAUAAAAAUGACACUGAUAAAGAACUCUAUGAGGAGAUUAUACCUGCGCCCGUUCUUCCGGACGAAAUGCCAACAUAUUUUCACAUCGGUGUCCUGGCGAAGGAGUGCUUAGUGAACGGCUAUAAAAUCGGUGCUUGGCACUUCGAUUGCACCACGGACAUUGGCGAUAAUCUAGCCCUGUAUAGCUUUGGCACCGGCAAACCGCAGUUCAAAAACGUUUUCGGCGGCGUGGGAGCCCGCGAGUACCUGGGGAGCCUCAGCCUGACACAGGUCUGGAUGACUGACGGCCUCGUCGGCAUGGUGGGUUUGGAAAACGAACUGUAUGGUGGGACGGCAAAUACAUUGCUACGAGCGGCAUAUGAACAGAACGAUAGAUCUGGUGUCAAGGUUGAGCUCCACUCCGGCUACGAGGUGACUCCAUUUAAGUUUCAUAUGAUUAUACCAGUUCUGAGGGAGCCCAAACUAAUGGGCUACGUGCUUCUGAACCCAUUCAAGCAAUAUUUAUUGGCGUACCGCGCGGUCUACGACAUUGAAAAUAAAGGCUUUGACAAGCAUGCGAUCGGCCUGGGCUUCUACAAUGGCAGCACCGAAUGGAGUCUUAAGCUUGAGAACUUCGAGGAUCUACGUGGCUCCGUAUUCCAGCGCCUGGGCGAUCGAUUUGCCAUUGCCGCCAAGGUAAAUUGUUAUAAAUCCGAGGAGAAGCAGUAUGCCAUCGGCGCACAGGUUACAUUAUUCGAGAAUGUCAUCAUCAAGGCGAAAUACCGGCAUGAUGGCUUCUUCGGUAUGGUCUACCAACAGACUCUUAACGAUAAUAUAGCGAUCAUGUACCACUUUGGCUUCGCUAUCAAGGAUCCUUUUAAAGGCGAUCAUAAAUUUGGUCUUUCGUGGAGUAUGAGGGCGUAACUUUCAAAACAUUUGUUAAUAAAAUAUA